ACAGGAAAAGUAUGGAUUCCCAAACAAAAACCAAUCCAGCUUCAUCAGGAGGAAGCCACAACCUUGGACCCCGAGUUGGAAGAGGCUCUGUCCAGUGCUACUGACACAGAACUGCAUGACCUGGCAGCUAUUCUUGGAGUGAACACACUGGUGACAAGCACGCAGAGUUAUGACGGCAGUAAAGACGGUUAUAACAAUGUCAUUAAAGGAGAAAAGGUAAAGCCUGUUUUUGAUGAACCUCCAAACCCUACAAACGUUGAAGAAAGUCUGCAGAGGAUAAAGGCCAAUGAUCCCACGUUGACUGAAGUCAAUCUCAACAACAUCAAGAACAUUCCAAUCCCGACCCUGAAGGAGCUUGCGAAAGCCAUGGAGAGGAACACUCAUGUGAAGAAGUUCAGUCUGGCUGCCACCAGGAGCAAUGACCCUGUUGCUGUGGCGUUCUCAGACAUGCUGCGAGAAAAUAAGACGCUAAGGAGUUUGAAUUUGGAGUCUAAUUUCAUCACCGGUGCAGGAGUUCAGGCUCUUGUAGAAGCUCUUCGAGACAACGACACGCUUUCAGAGAUCAAGAUCGACAACCAGCGGCAGCAGCUCGGUACGUCGGCUGAGAUGGAGAUCGCGAAGAUGCUGGAACAGAAUACAAGCAUCGUGAAGUUUGGGUACCACUUCACCCAGCAGGGUCCCAGAUCCCGCGCCGCUGCCGCAAUCACAAAAAACAACGACCUGGUGCGACGGAGGCGAGUCGAGAGGGAUGUUUAAAGCAUAUUCCACUCUCGCUUUCUCUCUCUCGGCUGAUCAGACUCUUGUGCCAAACCCUCUGAGGGAGACGCUUCACCUGAAGAAGGGACACAACUGGAUACUUUGCCUCCCUAAUGUUAAUACUCUUAUACUUUUUUUUGGUUAUGUAUUAUCAUUGAUGUUAUAAUUGCUGUUUGUUUUAAUAGCUGCUACUCUUGUGCAGCUCUUUUUGUUGUUGUUGUUUGGUUCAUGUCUGCUCUAUUCUUUGUAAAAGUUCUUUGAAACGAAACAGAAGACGGUUAAUCACUCGCA